CCCAAAACCCCCCCCCCCCCCCCCCCAUUGCUCAAAUUUUCUUGUAUGCUCUAAGAACAUACAAUAUACCAUAAUAUUCAAGAAACCUCAAAUUUUAGCUUCUUUAAUGGCUUCUUCUCCUAAUAACAAAUCCAAGAACCAAUUAGUUUCAACUAUGAUCAAACAAGGCUUUAUUUCCAACCCAUAUAACUCUCCUUCUCCUUCUCCUUCACCGCCACGUGUCUCCAACCCAACUUCACCUACCCAAAUUCCGACCCGACCCGUUAAUCCAAACCCGACCCUUUUUGAAAUGAUGUCUGAGGAACAGACCCGCGAGUCCAAACACUCGCUUGAAUCGCGUCACAGAGCUCGCGACAGAGUUUUUAAGGUUUUGGCUGAUGCACCAUUUCCAGCAGUGGGUGACGUCAGGCUGACGAUAGCAGCGCGUGAUGGGUUUAAGGUUUCGAUGGAUGUUCACGGGCACGUGCUUGUUGAAAGGAGUAGGUUUUUUGCUGAGAAGCUUAAGAGAAAUGGGUCACAUUCGGUUGAGAUUCUUGAUUGUGAUGACGUAGAGGUUUAUGUGGAGACGUUAGUGCUUAUGUAUUGUGAUGAUUUGAAGAAGAGAUUGAUUGGUGAGGAUGUUACCAAGGUCCUCGGAUUGCUUAAGAUAGCUUCAGCAAUUAUGUUUGAUGAUGGAGUAUUGGCUUGUUUGGAGUAUCUGGAGGCUGUUCCUUGGUCCCAACAAGAAGAGGAAAAAGUAGUAUCUCAUCUCAGUCAACUUCAGCUUCCUGAUUCAGCAGCUGAUAAUAUACUUCAGAGACUUGUCGCUGAACCAUCAACAUCUUCAAGAUCCGAUGACAUUCUUCAGAGACUACUUACCGGUGUUUUACAGGCCAAGGAUGAUAAAGCCCGCAGAGAGAUGAAAAAAGUGAUAUCUCGUUUGCUAAGAGAAAACAGUUGCAAUAAUAAGAGUCAUGAAAGUAACCUUGAUAUCUCCCGGGAUACUUUGUAUCAUCUUUGUCACAAAUGCCUCACUUCUCUAAUACUUUGCUUGUCCGAAGCUACAUCUGUAGACGAUAACAGGCAGGACCGAGGGGUACUAAUGGGUGAUAUUGCUCGUGAAGCAGACAAUCUGCAGUGGCUAGUUGAUAUACUAAUUGACAGGAAAAUGGGGGAUGAGUUUGUGAAACUUUGGGCAGAACAAAAAGAACUCUCGGUUCUCCACUCCAAAAUUCCCACCAUGUAUCGCCAUGAGAUCAGUAAGAUCACUGCACAACUUUGUGUUGCAAUUGGUAGGGGAAAUUUGUUAGUACCAAAAGAUGUUAGAUAUUGUCUGUUAUCGACGUGGCUAGAAAGUCUAUAUGAUGAUUUUGGGUGGAUGAAAAGGGCUGGUAGAUCAAUAGAUAAGAACCUGGUUGAGGAAGGACUAGGCCAGACUAUUCUGACACUGUCAUUAGCUCAACAACAAACUAUUCUGCUUAACUGGUUCGAUCGAUUUCUUAACAAAGGUGAUGACUGUCCUAAUAUCCAAAGAGCUUUUGAAGUUUGGUGGAAAAGAUCAUUUGUAAAGCAAUAUACGGUUGAUUCUGAGUUACAAUUAGCUCUCUGUGAUUAUACAGAGUGAUUUGAACACUGUAUAAUAUCAAUCUUGGUUUGUUACGUGCUCCUAUACACCAAUGUAUAUAUGAAAUGCCAUGAUUCUUUCAAACAAUUGUGGAGUUUUUUCUGCUGUAAA